GGCGCGCGUUCGUCCCGCCUGACUGAAUGAAGCGCUUGGUCCUGUUGCUGGCCUUGCACGUGGCUGCCCGGAAGCUUAGCGAGAGCCGGGAAAACCUCAACCUGGUCUUUGAUGAGCUAGACCUUGACCAGGACGACGGCCUCUCGGAGGAUGAACUUGGACGUGGUCGCUCACUGCCCGGCUUCCAACAGCUGGACCUGGACCAAGACGGCCUGGUCUCGCGCUCCGAGUUCGCGUCGCAGGUCACCGUGAAGGGCUCCGGCCUUGCCCUCUCCGGCGAGCACGCGGCCCUCCUCACGACUCCUCCGCCUUCCCCUCAUGCGGAAGCCGACGCCGCGGCCCACGCCGAAGCGAGGCCUUCCUUGCGAAGCCGAGUGACGCGGAUGAGCCUGGUGGAAGCGAAUACCUUCCAGUGCUUCACAGGUCCUGGAAGAGCCUGCAAGGUGUGCAGGGACCUCGAGGCCAGAACUGCAGACGAUCAGUGCCUGGAAUGCAACGAGGGCUACAAGCUGAGCUCGCAGGGCUUCUGUGAAGCCUUCGCCUGCGACGUGGAGAGCCUCGAGGGCUGCAAGCACUGCCGCGCCACCCAUGAGAGGACCGCGGACAACCAGUGCUCGGAGUGCGAGAAGGGCUUUGGCAUUUCCGACGACUUCUCCUGCAAGGC